UGGUUUCCUAGGUUUCGUUUAAAUUUCUCCCAUGUAUUCCUCUCGCCCGCACUGCCAUCUCCAUUCAACAACCUCUCUCAAUCUCCGACUCACUCACCACCAUCUCUAUUCAAGGACCUCUCUCCAUCUCCCGCUCGCUCACUGUCAUCAUACAGCUACCGGUGCUUGUUCACACCCUUCUACAAAAAGCCCUUCUGAAAGUGAGGAUGAAGAUGACACAGAUGCAGAAGUGGGUGAUGUAGAAAAACAAUGUGAAGAGGGUCCAAAAACCAAGAAAGCCAAGACUAGUAUCAAUCCCAAAACAUUAAGGGCGAAAGUUAAUACGGCAUUGGCAGAUGCAUUAGUUGCAAUGAGUGAAAAUUCUAAGAAAAAACUUGAACUUCUUGAGAAAAAAUAUAAUGUUAGUAAUGAAGGUGGGCAACAAUCGAAGGAGGAGGAUGAUUUGCUCAUGGAAUGCAUUGAUUCAUUGAGUGCUCUCAAGGGAAUUGAUGGAGCUUCAUUUGCAAAGGCAACUAAACUCAUACAUGAUGAUCCAUUAUGGAGGAAAAUGUUCCUUCGAUUCCCCAAUGAUAGGAAAAUAGAUUUUGUGCUUAACAUUUAAGCAUGUUCUCUUUAGAAAUGACAACUAAUUCUAGUAUGUUUGUCUUGUUAUUUAAACUCUAUUUUUAUAUUGUGUCUCUUAAGU